UAUGGAAUGGAAAGUAUAGGAUUAUCCACCUGAGUCCCAUUGUACUCACUGUAAAAUACAUAUCAUUCCACAUAUUCAACCACAACGGGAAUAGCAUGGCCAAGUCGGAUGCAAUGAAGUCGUUUUAAUAAAAGUAUACCAGGGAAAACAAAAUGGAUUUGAGAACGAAUUGGCAAUCACAUCAUUGUAGAAAUUGACUUGGUGUAUAGAAACGAUCUAGCACACAAUAAAUAAAUCCGAGACAAAUAGAAUCCGAAUAAAAUAUAAUGUACACGUAUGAUGGCAUUUGCCAAUUACAUCGAUAUUGGUUGCUGAUAUAACGGGUAUAAGAUUUAGUGGGUCUCAGGUUCAAUCGGGUGACGAUGGUUGCUGACGUCAUCGUAGAAGUUGAGACUUCAGAUUAUAAGGACUCGCACUCUGAGAGGAAACGCCAUCAUUCCAUACAAAAUGGAUAUAUUGAACCACAUGGGUCCAUGGAGGGUCACAAGACCAACGAGACUGUCAAAUCUGGGUCAGUUUUCCAUGGGUGGAGUCUCGAUCGGACUGAUGUUACUAGACUCGACGCUGCCUUUUUCUGCAGCUUGUUCGUUAUAUUUGACGUCGGAAAACACGUUUCCAGUUAUGCUAUGAAGUACUACAAUGGAGAUAAAUACCCCCUCCCACAUACAGCCAUAGUUGCAAUCAUAGAAACAGUUAAACUAGUCGUGAUGCUUAUUAAGAUCCUAAUAGAUAGACAACCGAGUAAUAUAAGCAUUUCUUUUAUGUUCGCAUUGCCGUCUUUCCUGUUUGCAGUAAACGCUAACGUGUAUUACUACGCCUUGUUUUACACCACCCCACCGGUAUGGGGUAUUCUCAAACAAUUCAGGAUUAUACUCUUUGCUCUAGUCUACAGAGUAGUCUUUAAAAGGAACAUCACAAGAGUGCAAUGGAUGGCUUUAUUUUUACUAAUAUUUGGAAUUGCCUUGACAAAGUUUUCUGAGACUGAUAAUCUGCCGUCCCACAAGAAUGUGAUCAACCUUCCCGCCUUACUUCUCAGUUUUGUCACCGCUGUCAAUUCUGUCAUCUCAUGCAUCAUCAUGGAGUACAUGUUCAAGAAGGACAAAAGGAGCUUUGUGGAGCAAUUGAUGCAGUUGGCAUUGUUUGGGGCGAUCAUCUCUUGGAUGUUCUUCUUCACUGAGACUAGAGGGAUAUCAAUGAACGUUAAACCAGGGACGUCCUUGGUGGUGAUACUGUUAAUGCUCAGCUGUAUCGGCAUGAACGUGGCUUAUGGCUUUGCAAUGAAAGUCAUAGUUAAAAAACUGGACAAUGUCGUAAAGAUAUACUCACAGGCGGUAUCCAACAUGGCCACUGCAGUCGUCUGCUUGUUUGUCUUUCCCGAUGACGUAGAGAUUAAUUCAUUAUUCAUGGCAGCCAUUUUGAUUGUCUUCUUUGCCAUUGUAUUGUACGAGUCAAAAAAUCCGGAGUUAAUCAUUAAUAAUAUAUGCAAUACUAUAUGGGUAUGGGAUAUACUUAAAACAACAGCCAAAAAGCUUCCGUUUAGUAUAAGAAAAGUCGAGGAAUCUCACUCUGAUGUUUGAUGCAAUAAUUUUGAAAUUAAUAAAUUACCAAGUUUAAUUUUAAAAGCCAGGGGUGUUCAAAACUGGGAAAAGGCCCUACUGUAAAUAUUAUCGACCGAACGAUAGCCCACUAUACUUCUACUGUGUAUGCAAAGAGACUACAAGACUAGUUAAGCUAUUUUUGUCAUUUUCCUCAACAAAAUAAAAUCUUGAGAGUCUCAAAAUUCAUUACAUUGCAGUACGUCAAAAUCAAAUAAAUAAAUUCAAAAAAUUAAAUAAAUGUUUUUA